AUGAAUGCGCCGCCCCUGGUGGGCUACAGCAGCAGCGGCUCAGAGGAUGAGGCCGAAACCGGGGCCCGGGCCCGACCGGGGGCUGGAAGUUGCGGUCGUGGCCACACCCCUGUUCCCAGCCAGAGGUUGCCGGUGCCGGACAGUGUGCUGAAUAUGUUCCCCAGCACUGAGGAGGGGCCUGAGGAUGACAGUGCCAAACACGGGGGGCGGGUACGCACCUUCCCCCAUGAGCGUGGCAACUGGGCCACCCAUGUUUACAUGCCCUAUGAAGCUGGGGAGGAGUUCCUGGACCUGCUGGAUGUGUUGCUGCCCCACGCCCAGACCUACAUCCCCCAGCUGGUAAGGAUGGAGGAGUUCCACCUUAGCCUGUCCCAGAGCGUGGUUUUGCGCCACCACUGGAUCCUCCCCUUCGUGCAGGCUCUGAAAGACCGUCUGACCUCCUUCCAGAGAUUCUUCUUUACUGCCAACCGGGUAAAGAUUUAUACCAAUCAAGAGAAAACCAGGACCUUUAUUGGGCUCGAGGUCACCUCAGGGCAUGCCCAGUUUCUGAACCUGGUUUCAGAGGUAGACAGAGUCAUGGAGGAAUUCGACCUCACCACCUUCUACCAGGACCCUUCAUUCCACGUCAGUCUGGCCUGGUGUGUGGGCGAUGCACGUCUCCAGCUGGAAGGGCAGUGCGUGCGGGAACUACAGGAAAUCGUGGAUGAGUUUGAAGACUCUGAGCUGCUGCUGCGUGUGCAUGCCAGGCCGAUCCGCUGCAAGUCUGGGAACAAGUUCUUCUCUCUGCCUUUGAAGUGA